AACUAGGCUAGAGCUGUGCACCAGGCAAAGGUCGGCAGCAGCAGCUGUCUCAUAAACAAACUGUCAUUCUACUGGUUCUGCGGUUGUCAGUCUGCUAGCAGGAAAGGUACAAGUGUUGAGGCGUGGAAGACCUAUGCACAUACCCCCAAUCACCCCGAACCCCGGUAAUCUGUGGCAUCUAAUCAGUUGUUUAAAUAAGGUGCUGAUGAAGUGAGAGCUCUGAAUGGAGAUGUACGUGCUGAUAUUGGUGUCACUCAGGUGUUAAGUUGCCUCAAACAAUCCUGUUCAGACAGACAGAGGGCGUCUGCACUACUCGUACUAAGCUCGUGCACAACACCGAUGGGGCAGGUGCUGAUGUUAUUAAUCGAAAGCAACAAUAACGACUGUUUGGCAUUUCUUGGAGUCUGAUGAUCUCUUGGAUUAUUCUAACGAGAACGCCACUUCGUUACUCUCCGCUGGGUUAAUGAUUAUGCUGGGAGUGCUGUACAAAAGCCGAACAUGAAAUGGUCAUAGAUGGUUCUCUUUAAUGCUUAAACGCUUUUUUAAGGAAGGAAGUAUAUUUUCACAUGCUCAUAGUUCCCUUUGUAACAGCUGAUCAAACUAACAAGUUGAAAAGCCUUUGGUGCAAGAAGUCGUGGCACCAACAGACUGCAUGCAUUUGUUACAAAGCUGUACAGCUGUCUGCUGCUGGAAACUAGAGCAAAGAACAGCUUAGAACCAACAUGACCAGCUCACUGCACUCUGGGGAGACUAUACCGUGGGAGCUGGAACCCACAACAUCAAUGCCAACUGAUACCGACAUGAGAGAUACCACAUCGCACAACCUUGGACUUAGCUGCCAUCCCUCCAAUUCAGUAAGUAAGUCGGUGACCCCAGACAUUAAAUCAGAAGAAGCUCCUGAAGUAGAAGUGUGUCCUGGUAUAAUGCAGAGGGUAAACGUGAGACGGUCUCAACUCAAACUCCAGGAAAAACGAAGAAGUGCUAUCAGAAGCAGAGAAGUAAGUAUGUUGUUAGCAGAUGGCACCACAGUAGCACAAAGCAGUACCUCUCCCUCUCUUGGCACACGCAAAAAACAGCUGAAGGACAUGGUACUUAAGGCUGCUAGCAUGAGUAGCAUAGAUUCCACCAACACCAUCUGUAGGGAUUCAAAAACAGAAACCAGGGAUCCGAGUAUGCUGGGUGAGGAGUAUGCAGGCAGCGAUGGACUGCUGGCGUUAGAUCCACUCGAACAUGAGUGGAUGUUAGCUGUGGCUGGAGGAGACUUCGAGGUCCUCUCCGAGUUCUUGACUUUAGAUCCGACUCUUAUUUCCAAGAAGGACUUCCUGACAGGACUAACCUCCUUGCACUGGGUGGCAAAGCACGGCAACCAUGAAGUUCUGAUUCAGCUGAUGAAGUUAGCUGAAACGCAAGGUUUACCCGUCAACGUCAACAUGAAGGGGAGUGGGGGCCACACACCCCUUCACAUUGCUGCUAUGCAGGGUCACCAUAUGGUUAUCAAGGUGCUGGUGGGCGCCUUUAAUGCGGACGUCACUAUCCGGGAUAACAGUGGCUUCAUGGCUUGGCAGUACCUGCCUGCUGAUGCUCCAGAGGAGCUGCAAGAACUCGUCGGGGCCAUGGACGAGGCAAGGAACUUUGGAUAUUUCAAUAAAAACAACAACAGCAAUGUCCAGGGCUGCGAGUUUGCACCCUGGCCUGGUUCUGCGCUUGCUACCAGGGGAGGACCUUUCCACAUGGCUCGUUUGGACCAGGUAGAUGCUGCAGUUCUAACUUCCAACCGCCAGUCCUGGACCAAAUAUUUUCGGUCAAAACUGCUUAAGUCUUUACAGGUCAUAAAGAUGAUUUCAGACACCAUUUUUGAGUCGUGAACCACGCAAACCAUUAAUCAAACUACAACGAUAAUGCAGUGUACAGUCAUUUUUGUUUAACCUUUAGACCCAUACCGGAAAUUUGUAGUGCUAAAAAUCGCAUCUGAGAUUAAGGAUUACAGGUGCUGAUGAUUGAUAUUUGUUUUUAUGAAGCAAGAAUGCUGUCGAUAUUAAGUUAGAAGUACUUUGCCUCAGCAUGUUUCAGGCAGCUGUAGUUAAUUAUUACACAGCCUUUGUUGUUAGUGUUAAAAUAAAUACAUGGCACACUGAUCUUUUUAAAAGCACCCAAUUUAACAUUUGCUGCAAAUGUCUCAUACAAGUACGCUGGAAUCCCGUUUUAGCACCUGCCUAAACUCAGUUGAGUUGGUCCUAUCUUCACUAGCUGCAAUUUAUGAUACAGGAAGCUUCAAGUACUGUAUAUUGAUAUAAUUAACCUUAUUGCAUUCAUUAAACUACUAUAUCAUAUACAGUAUUCAUUUAUUUAUAAACAAUUGUGAGAAGUAAUAACGAGUACCAUAACUCUCAAGUGCCUAGCUCACAGCUGUCCCUGAUUUUGGAGAACUACCUUCAUUUUGCUUCACAUUUUUGCCCUGUCCCUAGUAAAAUGUUUGAUUUUCUAAUAAAUCACCAGGGAUAACCAAUCAGCGAGGAUGUCAAAUACUAGAGUUUCAUGCAUAUUCUUCAGAAAAUACAUGCAAAUGGAAAAACUGUUGUGAUUUUAACUUUCUAAGUGAAUUAAACUAAUGUUUAAAAACA